AUGAUGAAGAGAGAGACGUUACAAGAAGUAGGGAUCAUCGGAGGAUUGGCCGGAGCUCAGGUUAUUUACGCCGGAAACUCGGAGCUACUGAGUCACUUGUUGUCUCUUGGAAUUGACCCUCUUCUUAUCGUUAUCUUCUGCACCUUUGCUUCAGUUCUUCUCAUCACUCCUCUUGCUUUUCUUCUUGAAAGGAAACUUUGGCCCACAAGUCUAAGUUUCAAGUUGAAGACUAAACUAGUUUUAGUUGCUCUUGCUGGAGUGACUCUGUUCCAGUGGCUAUACUUAGAAGGAAUGAAACACACCUCUGCAUCAAUGGCUACAGCUAUGCCUAAUCUCUGCCCUGCUUUAAUUUUUGUCAUUGCUUGGGCUGCUGGGAUGGAGAAAGUGAAGCUAAGUUGUAUGUACAGUAGAGUUAAGAUGGGAGGGACAGUGUUGUGUGUGAUGGGAGCUUUCAUUAUGAGCUUAAUGCACAGUACUGCCGCUACUUCAAUCUCGGCGAAGACUAUGCCUAUUGUCCCUGACGAAGUCGUUUUAGACAAGGACAAGAUCUUAGGUUGCCUCUAUCUCCUCCUCGCCAUCUGCUGCUUGUCCUCUAGUGUUGUCCUUCAGGCAUCCAUACUAGCCGAGUUUCCGGCGCCUGUAUCAAUGUUCUCGAUGGUAUCUUUAAUGGGUGGGAUCACCACGGUAGCUUUGCAGUAUGCUCUUAAAGGAAGUAUGGAAAUAGAAAGUGCAUCAGUUAUCGGUUUCGGUCACCUUGUGGGAUACGCAAUGCUGGGAGGGUUGGUUAGUGGAGGAGGGUUAAGCUUCAAUGCAUGGGUGAUUAAGAGGAAAGGACCAGUAAUUGUGUCUAUCUUUAGUCCAAUUGCUACGGUGGUUUGUGUUCUUUUCUCUGCUUUUACUAUGGAAGAGAGUUUCAACCUCGGAAUCUUUGCGGGAAUGGCGUUGAUGUUCGGAGGACUCUACUUCGUUCUGUGGGCUAAAGGGAAAGAGGAAGAUGGAGAAGGAGAUGAAAUAAAAGAAGAUGAUGAAGAAAGUGUGCUUAGAACAGAGUUUGAUCUUCAGAAGCCUCUAUUGCUUUAGUUUAAUUUAAGUCUUCCCUUUCUUUUAUAUUCUUGUGAAUUUAGUUUAGGUUUAAAGAAGUAAGAUCAGUUUUAAAGAUCAGUUUUACUUUAUACUAUACAUGUAUACCGUAUUACCGUAUUCGGUAUAGUAUAUGUUCCUGUGUGUUGCCAAAAUAGUUGGUUUUAAAAAUUCACAUGCAAGUCUUGGAAAA